AUGGCGUCUCUGUCCGCCCUUCCACCGCCCUCUCGGCCAUCCACAACCCCCCCAACCGCUUCUUUACCUCCCCUCCCAACCGCGAGAGCCCGCAAAACAAUGCAAGUACCGGAGGGCCCUCGAUCCGCGUCUCCAUACCAGCCAUCCAAGUUGCGCACUCCAUCGAGUCCACGCCCUCCAUCCCUCAGCCGUUCCCCGCUCUCCAACUCCAGCUCCACUACCAAUUUGACGACGGUACGGUCGGUUUCCAACGGCCGCACACCGAGCAGUCCCGACAAGGCGCUGCGACGAACGAUUAGUAUCGCUUCAUUCCCACAGCCCCCCAAAGCAGCUAGCCGUCCCUCGACGGCCGCUUCCACCAUACCGGGCGUACAGGGUCCCGCCGCCGCGGGCGGUGGUGGUCAUGCGAAGCUUCGACGGAGAAGUUCUCGCCUGAGUACCGGCACUGUGGCGAGUGGAAACACGGGACCCAGAUGCGUCCCCGUCGCACAGCCGAAGCUCGUCGACGGGGGGUCAUGUUCGACGAGUGUGACCACCUUUGAGGAUACGGAAGACUCCGUGGGAGCUGCCAAGGGCGGCAAAACAAAGGAAUCUAAGGGAAAUGUGAUUGUCAGCGUUCGGGUGCGUCCUGAUACGAGUAACGGAGGAGAGACCCCGAGAAAUCAUGGCGAGUGGUCGCUGGACGGCCGUCGGAGCCUGAUUUCUCAUCGAGGGAAAGAUGGGGGUGAUUAUCACUAUGACAAUGUCUUCACACCUCAAGAAAACAAUGCCAAGGUGUACGACGCUGCCGCCAAGCGGCUUGUGCGACGAGUCAUGGAAGGUUACCAUGGGACAGUCUUUGCGUACGGUAUGACAGGUACCGGCAAGACAUUUUCGAUGCAAGGCACUGCCACUUCUCCCGGUGUGAUUCCGCUUGCCAUUACCGACAUUUUCUCCUUCAUUCGCGAAACGCCGCAUCGUGAAUUCCUGCUGCGGGUGAGCUACCUGGAGAUUUACAAUGAGAAAAUUCACGACCUGCUCUCCACUUCGGUCACGAAUGGCGUUGCGGCCCCUCCGCAAGAAGAGAUCAAGCUUCGCGAGGACAGCAAGCGGGGCGUGUAUGCGACGCCGCUCAAGGAAGAGAUUGUGCAAAGCCCGACUCAGCUACUUCGAGUGAUCGCUCGAGGUGAUCAUGCUCGACGGACGAGUAGCACGCAAUUCAAUGCGCGCAGUUCGCGAAGUCAUGCCGUGGUGCAGAUCGUGGUGGAGAGUCGAGAGCGAGUGCCACCGGGGGAUGCGCAGGACAAACGGGCUGCGAUGCCUCCCGGUGGCGUUCGCGUAUCGACCCUCAGUUUGAUCGAUCUGGCGGGCUCAGAACGGGCUGCUGACGACAAGGAACGCCGGACGGAGGGUGCUCACAUCAAUAAGAGUUUGCUUACUCUGGGAAACAUUAUUUCGAAACUCUCCGACAGCAAGGAUAAGCAGGGAAACCCGAUCGAUCGGGAUGGUCGACAUUUGCCGUAUCGUGACUCUAAGUUGACGAGAUUACUGCAGCCUGCAUUGUCCGGUAAUUCCCUCGUCAGUAUUCUCUGCACAGUCCAGCUGGUCAAUGGCAUCAACGCACAUUCGGGUGAGACUCUUAAUACAUUGAAGUUCGCGGCUCGGGCGAAGAACAGCAUUGUCAGUCACGCGAAGAAGGCCGAGGAGGCUUACGGUAGUGGUGGCGGUGAUGCUGGCAGUCGCGUCCUUCUGGAGCGGUACCGCAUGGAGAUCCAGGCCCUUCGAGGCCAACUGGACAGUCAAGCCAAGGCGCAGGCGGAGAAGGAGCUCAAGUGGGAUGAGCAACAAUUCGAAAAGGAGGCUCAGGCGCGACAUGAAGAGCAAGUGUUGGAAAUGCAAUUGGCGCGGACUGCGCUGAAAGAACGCAUUGAGCACCUGAACCGCCUGAUUCUGAGCUCCAAGUCCACCGGCGUCAAUCACCAUGGCAAUCUCUCUUCCGCCUUUGGGCGUUUGUCCCGAAUGUCCUCCACAGAUGCGGGUACCCGCUCGCUUCGGUCAUCUGCUAGCCAGUCAACCUUGGGCGCGGGCCACUCCAUCCGACCGAUGUCCUUCAUGUCUGUCAACAGCAGUGAUCCCUCCAUACCAUACAUCAACGGCUCUUUUGGCAACGAUGAAGAGGAUGAUCUGGGCGAGUUCGGCGAUGGCAAAGCCAGUCUGCAGCGGCAGGUUGCGGCACUGCAGGCAGACCUGGGUGACAAGAAUCGAUACAUCUCCACUUUGGAACGGCGGCUCCUGCAAGCCCGUCGGUCAAGUCACUCGCGUAUGUCGGCGGGUGUCAAGUCCAAUGCCUCGUCUCCAGCCACGAUAGCCGAGCAUCCAGACAUGGCGACAUUACUCCGUGAGAAGGACAUGGAGAUUAACGAGCUCCGCUCUCAAUUAGACGAUAAAGAUCGAAUGCUAGCAGCCCUCCGAUCAGCUGCCCGCCACCGAGAUGUGGCCGUUGUCACGGCCGAGUCCUCCAUACCAGAGCUGAGAGUCAAAUUGGACACCACAUCCUCAAGGCGAAGCAGUACCAAUGUUUCGCCUCCGAACGAGUCGAGCGAGAAGAACCCCAGUCCUACACGACGCGUUGCCUCGCUCCGGGUGAGCGAAAAGGACACUGAUCGAAGGAAAAGCGUGGACGACGUCUCUCGCAUGCUCGACGAAAUGAUCCAAAGCCGCGUGGAAAGUGGUCAUCUAGAGAGGAAUUCCGUCGGCCACUUGAAGCAUUUAUCAACGGAUAGCCGACGAGGCUCAGUGUCCGCAGAAGUGCGAGCAUUGACUCCCACGCCGUCAAUCUCGGUGGAGCCAACACCGGGUUCUCCGUCCAAAUCAUAA